AAACGGAGUUCUUGCCCCUGAGUGGUACACCUUUCACAUCGUUUAUCAGCGGAGAGCAGCAAUGUCCGUUCGGUCGGUGUUGUUUAGAGCUGUUCUAGGUGUCUUACUGUUUAAUGGGAUCACGUGCACUGACUGGAACACCAUUGCAAAAGACACCCUCAAAAAUGCUUUGAAAAUACAACCAAAUACAGGAUUUGCCAAAAAUGUGAUCGUGUUUGUCGGUGACGGGAUGGGAUUGUCAACCAUCAAUGCUGCUAGAAUUUACAAAGGCCAGAAGCAAGGAAACCCAGGGGAGGAAACCGUUCUGGAGUUCGAAAAAUUCCCACAUGUAGCUUUGUCCAAAGUGUAUGGAUCAGACAGACAGGUUCCCGAGUCUGCGCAGACCGCAACUGCCGUCUUUGGUGGGGUAAAAAUAAACUUCAAUGUAGUAGCGUUGAAGGAUUCCGUGAGAGUCUCGGAUUGCAAUGCUCAGAGCAGUCAAGGAAAAGCGGCUGAAGUUCAGUCUAUUAUAAGACACGCCAUUGACCAAGGUAAAUCUACAGGUGUGGUGACGAAUACGAGGAUCACUCACGCCACUCCCGCUGCCGCCUACGCCCACUCCGCCCAUCGCGAUUGGGAAUCGGACGCUGACAUGAACGCUACACUGCAUGGAAAUUGCAGAGACAUUGCCUCGCAACUUAUAAACAAUAACCACGACAUACAGGUUGUACUGGGGGGAGGACGCCGAGCUUUCUUGCCGGUCACCGAACCCGAUCCUGAAACCAAUAGCAUGGGAGUAAACAAACGUCUGGACGGACGUAAUCUGAUCGAGACUUGGAAAGCGAUACAGCAGGGGAAAAACAAAAAGCACAGCUAUGUCUGGAGAAAGCAAGAAUUCGACGCAGUAAAUGAAAAUGAUGUAGAUUAUCUUCUAGGAUUGUUCAGUCCUUCUCAUAUGGAGUAUGAACUCGAGCGAAACAACGGGAGCAACGGAGAACCCUCCCUUUCAGAAAUGACAUCAAAGGCGAUUAAGAUUUUGAAGCGAAAUGUUGAUGGCUUUGUUCUUGUGGUAGAAGGUGGACGAAUUGACCAUGCUCAUCAUGACACCAAAGCCAAGAAAGCACUAACAGACGCCAUAGAAUUCGACGAAGCUGUAAAAAUGGCGGUCACUCUGACCAAUCAACAGGACACACUUAUCAUCGUCACGGCUGACCACUCUCACCCAUUUUCUUUGACUGGGUACACCGUCAGAGGAAAUGAUGUUCUAGGCUUAGUUGAUGCAGACGGUUUUAGAGUGGAACCUUCAACUGAUGGUCUGCCGUACACUUCCCUUCUGUACGCUAACGGUCCGGGUUACGGAAAUCCACGGCAAAACUUGACUGGAGUCAGAACAGACACAAAUGACUACCUUCAACAAACUGCCGUGCCAAUGGAGUACGAGACUCACAGCGGAGAGGAUGUCGGGAUAUUUGCUCAAGGUCCUAUGUCACACCUAUUCCACGGGGUUCACGAGCAGCAUUACAUCGCCCACGUGGUGCAGUAUGCCGCGUGCAUGGGUGAUUACGCAGACGACUGUGACAAAAAAUCCAGAAUCAGUGGAGCAUCAAUGAACUCCCUCAGCUUGUUAAUCAUAAUAUCAUGCCUCCUUUUAGUAGAGUAAUGACUCUGCUAUCAUGUUAUACAUAUCUUUAUUCCAUAUCCCUACCAUUGUUUUUAUCAAACAUUCUAAUAAUGCCCAUUCUAAUUCCUAUCUAUAUCCGUAGUACAUGUAUAUACGAGUAGAUCUACAUAAUGUAUAUGUUCUACAAUUUUCCGUUAUGACUGUAAUAUUGUGUUUUCUUUUCGUUUGUUGAUUGUUUUCCCGUUCUCCCUGUAUAACAAGUCCAUACCGGGUGAAGUAUCUACAAAUAUUCCCUCAAUCCUCACUGGAGGUGUCAGGGGCCCCCAGGUUUAAAUGUCUAUAUGAUCAGAUAAUCAUUGUAAGUACAGAUUUCAUAAUUAUCAUUUUCACAAUGUAUUUUUUAAAUUAACAUCGCGUUUAAUACACGUCAAGUUUACUAUAAUUAUAUACUUUCAAAUACAUUAUUCGAGAAUUAUCACGAUCUUAUAUAAAGCACUGAAAUGACCAACGACACGAACAAUUAAAUUGUAAAAAUUUCAGAACGACCUGUCCCUUCCUCAUAACAAACGAAAAAGUUUUACAUAAUUAAAUACAUACAAAAUAGCUAGCACUAAACCUAGAAAUGUAUAUACACUGCAAAUGACAUGUUUAUUAUUUUGGCUUCCUAAUAACGUGUUUUCUAAGGAGCAAAUGCGGAUACGCCCUGCUCGUCCUCAAAGCCACAAAAUCGAACAUUGAUUAGGUGUCUCGAAAAUUGAUUAGAAAACACAACACAAAUUGAGAUAUAGAUAUAUUGAACUCAAACUUACAUUGUACAUACUUUUAUAUAGCAAGAAACUAAGAUAAGAAAAUGUUAAUUACAGAAGGAAGUGUAGAGAAACGCUCUGUCUAUAUAAGGGUGUAAAAAAAAUUAUUAUGCAUUUUGAUACGGCAUUAUUGAACAUAAAUUUGCUUGCAGAAUAUAUCAAUGAGGCUUUCAUAUUAAUAUCAAAUGAUAGAAUAAUCGGAUUAAUUGCGAAUUUCUGUUUGUAUGUCAUAAAAAUUGACUUGAAUAUGUUUCUACGUAAUUUCAAAAUUAACACAAUAACUCGCUGCCAAACUGUUUUCCAUUUAUCUAAUCAAAAAUAAAAUGUAUCAUGUU